AUGUUCACCAGCAAGCUGUUCACGCUCGUGCUGGUGGUGCAGCCCCAGCGAAUCCUGCUGGGCAUGAAGAAACGUGGCUUUGGCGCCGGGCGGUGGAACGGCUUCGGAGGGAAGGCACAGCCGGGAGAAACCAUCGAGCAAGCGGCCAGGAGGGAGCUGCAGGAAGAGUGCGGCCUGACGGUGGACACCUUGGAGAAGGUGGGCCGGAUCACUUUCGAAUUCGUGGGCAACACAGAGCUGAUGGAAGUCCACCUCUUCCGAGCUGACAGUUUCCAAGGAGAGCCCGCAGAAAGCGACGAAAUGCGUCCACAGUGGUUUGAACUGGACCAGGUGCCCUUCAAGGACAUGUGGCCGGACGACAGCUAUUGGUUUCCUCUGCUCCUCCAAAAGAAGUUGUUUGUCGGGUAUUUUAAGUUCGAGGGGGAAGACACCAUCUUGGAGUACUCCUUGCAAGAGGUGGAAGAGGUCUAA